AUGUCGGCAUCCGUACAGGACUUCCAGCUUGCCGCUUUGGCCGCCGGCUUCACGAUUGGAUUUGGGUUCUUGACAGUAUGGGAGGCUGUCAAGCAGACACGGAGGAACCACAGCCCGCUACGGUCUGCCUACAUCUACAUGAUAUGGGGGGAGAUUUUUGUCAACGUGGUUAUUGGCAUCAUCGGAUGGCUGUUCUUGAACGACAGGCUCGGGCCAACUGUUCCAGUCCUAUUCUUCAUUCUGUUCUUCUGGGUCUUCGAGGUCCAGCUGCUUAUGCAAAUUAUCAUCAACCGUAUCGCUCUCAUUGCAGAACACCGGAGUACCAUCCGUAACCUAAAAUGGGGCACAGUGAUACUCAUCACUGCCAUCAACAUCGCCGUCUUCUGUAUCUGGAUCCCAUCUCACACCGUCCCUCCGAUCAGCGAGACAUACGUCAAGAUCAACAAUGUCUGGGACAAGAUCAGCAAGGUCCUUAUCCUAAUCGUCGACGCGGGCUUGAACUGGUACUUCCUGCGAACCGUCAAGAUCAGGCUAGUGGAACAACACGGUCUCACCAAAUACGCGCCCCUCGUAGGCUUCAACGGCAAGCUCAUGAUCGUAUCCAUCGCCAUGGACGCCCUCCUCAUCGGCCUCAUGUUCCUCAAAAACCAGGUCGUAUACAUCCAAUUCCACCCCGUCGUCUACAUUGUCAAGCUCAACAUUGAAAUGUCCAUGGCCUCCCUCGUCGUCCGCCUCGCCCAAGGAAAACAAAGCGACAUGAGCCCCGAAGAGUUCCACAGCUCUUCUGGCCCGGGCUCGCACUCCCGAUCCGCCGUGCUCUCGCACCAGCCAAACUCCAUGCACUUGACUAACCGGUCUAAGCGCAAUACGACGAAUGCGCGCAGCCCGGGACUCAGCAAGAUCGAUAGCGAUGAUAGCUUGGAUCUGGGCGGUAUUCAGUGUACCACGGAUCUGCGCAUCACGCAUGAGGAUCGGAAGGAUUAUGUGGACAGGAAGGACUUUGUGGAGGGCAGUUCGAGGAGUAGUAAUGACGCGCCGGCGCCGAGUGUAUUUGGGGAUGAGACACCGUUGCAUAAGCAGGGCAUGAGGGUGCAAGAGAGGGAGGUGUAG